GAACAAAUUUUAAACGAUAUAAUCUCCGGUUCUUCAAAAUCAAGUGAAUUUGUUCCGAAUCAAGAGAUAGAAACAGUUGUUGAAAAUCAACAGAAUCUUCCCGAAGGGAGUAAUCAGCCAGAAUUUAAUUAUUCACAACAAUUGCCAGAUCUGUCAACUUUGCAGCCUCACUUAAGUGCUGCACCGCAACAUAGUUCGCACUUGUCUUCGGUAUUUUCAUCUUUUUCUAAUAUUUUGAAUAUUGGAGGUUCUAAUAAUAACCCUAAGGAAGAGGUGAUAGUAUCUCCACCUGCUGGAAUAGAAAGUCUUAUUAGCCAAAGUAACAACAACCCUGAGCCAGUACCGCUUUUUUCGGCCAAUUUACCUGAAUAUAGUAUCCAACAGCCCCCUCCGCCUACAGGCCCAACAAAUCAAUUUAGAAGAGCUGGUCUCAAAAGACCGGCUUAUGCACAAGUACCAGGUUUAUCUUCAGCCCCCGCACCACCUCAAAAUUUGAAUGUCCAAAAUAUCCCCCACCAAACCUUCCCCCAUUACCUCAAGCAGCGCCAGUACCGUCAGCAGCAUCACAAAACUUCUUAGUACCAACAGCGCCUUCUCCAUCCACUUCCAUAUCAUCAACUUCCAGUAUAGACCAUAUAAAUCAAGGAUUGCCAAACCAGUUUAAACCAAUAUCUCCGCCUCCUUCUAAUUUGCAAUCCUUCCAUCCUAUCUCCCAACCUUUAGCUCCUGUGCCGGUACAACCUUUUGCCCAAUCUGUAUCGAUAACGCAUCCAUACAGAAAUAUAGUAGGACCAGUCAUGGAUGCCAUACCAGUUAGCGAAUUGUCACAAAAUUCUAAUUUUAGUAGUUCCCUCGUGAAUUCUCCAGAGGCUCUGCCAAACAAUAAUAACGCAAGUGAUGCUGGUCCUCCUGUUAACCAAGUAUAUAGACCUGUCUACCAUCACUGGUUUCAUCAGAAAGAAAUAGAGGGAAGGAAAUUAUGGGAACCGUUUUCUAUGUUGGAUUCAUUAGCUUUAGAACAAGCUUUCAUUUCAAACGAUUUAGAUCCAGAUAGAGUGAUUGCUACUGAUGGCGGUCGUUAUGAUGUGAAUAUUUUAAGAAGACAGAGGAACCCUGUCUAUUGGAAAGCGAAUCCUAAUGAAGUACGAAGAUGCUCUUGGUUCCACAAAGCUAGUUCAGACGGAAGGUUGGUCCCAUACGAAGAAAAUAUCGCUACAAUGUUAGAAGAAGAAUACAAAUCUGCGUUUGAAUCUAAUAAGUGGCACAAAACAAUCGAAUUACCUCAAGGAGAAAGUAUUGUAUUUCAUGGACCUGAUGUUUUAGUACUUUUCUCUCCCACACAGGUUCCUGACGCAUGGGGCAACACAACAAACCAGUCCCGACCUAGAGUUGUAAAAAGAGGUAUGGAUGAAUUUGAUAUAGAUGAAGGAGAACCUGCUCAAGUCGAUCACAUCUUGUUCAUGGUUCAUGGCAUUGGUUCAGUCUGUGAUUUAAAAUUUAGAACAGUAGAGGAGGUAGUUGAUGAAUUCCGCAGUAUUGCCUUUCAGUUAGUUCAAUCUCACUAUAGGUCGUCCUGUGAUCAAGGAAAAGUCAACCGUGUGGAAGUUUUACCUAUAAGUUGGCACGAUAGGUUACAUUCCGAUGAAACUGGAAUCGACGACCAAUUAAAAAGUAUUACUCUGGAGAGUAUACCGAGACUGAGAGGCUUUACGAAUGACACUUUGCUCGAUAUUUUGUUUUAUACUAGUCCCAUUUACUGCCAAAAAAUUACUACAACUGUGGGAACAGAGCUUAAUAGAAUAUAUGAUCUUUUUAAACAAAGAAAUCCUGAUUUUAAAGGGGGUGUUUCACUUGGUGGUCACAGUUUAGGCAGCCUUAUACUCUUCGACCUCUUGUGCCACCAGCACUCUAAACCUGAAUCUGACGGAGAAGAAAGUGAUGAAAUCCUUUCUAGCAGUCCAGGCUCGGGCAAACCAGCUCCACCUCAACGAAAGAUGAGUAAAAGAAUAAGCUAUAUGAUGGGUGCCAUCGGUACGGGACAGCCGGAAAUACAUUACACUCGACUUAAUUUCGAACCUAAGAAUUUCUUUGCUUUGGGAUCUCCAAUAGGUAUGUUUGUGAUCGUGAGAGGUCUGGACACAUUAGGUGAAAACUUUUCGUUGCCCACUUGUCCAGCAUUCUACAACAUUUUCCAUCCAUACGAUCCAAUCGCAUACAGGAUAGAAUCUUUAAUCAAUCCAGAAUUUGCAAAAUUAAAACCAGUAUUGAUUCCACACCAUAAAGGAAGGAAACGAAUGCAUUUAGAGUUAAAAGAGACCAUGACACGUGUCGGUGCGGAUUUAAAACAGAAAGUAAUCGAUUCGAUGAGAAGUACUUGGAAUUCCGUUUACCAAUUGGCAAUGUUCCACAAACAAUCCCCUCCUAGUUUGGAAGAAGAGGUGUCUAAGGCAUUUAAAGAUCAAAUGGGACAACUGGAAAACGAUUCUAUGCAGGAAUCUACGAAAACUCCGGUAGGAAAUUUGAAUAGUGGAAGAAGAGUCGAUUAUGUUCUGCAGGAAGCACCCUUUGAGUUCUUCAAUGAAUACGUAUUUGCCUUAACGAGCCAUGUUUGUUAUUGGCAAUCCGAGGACACCAUAUUGAUGAUGUUAAAGGAAAUUUAUACUUCUAUGGGGGUAACUUCUGACAGUCAAAUUCCCCAGCAAACCAUGACAAUAGAGAGACCUCCACCCUCUCCUACGUCAAGAAGAUCGCCAAAUGUUCCAAUUCGUCCAUUCCAACAACCAAUUGGAAUUGACCCAACAAAGCCCAUGCAAUUGAACUCAUCUCUUGAUCCACCACCAGUAAGUGGCUUUGUUCGAAAAACAUAG